CUGAUUGAGUCACGCAGUUGGCGGACAUUUGAUAGGUCGGGCACAAAGUCGAAGGCUGGGAUAUGUUGACGGAUAAGUCAAUCCCUGCUCCGGGAGGCUGAGUGCGCAGACGCAGAGGGGGGCGGGUCAGCAAAGCCAUCACAGAUACUUUCCCAAUGGAGGACUCAAUUGAUCAGAUCCUACAAGAUCACAGUAGCAUCUUUCCAACCAAUAGACCCCAUCCCAUUGUGUCAGCCUGCACAGGGGCGCUGCUUACAGGCGUAUAUGGAGUAUGGAGCCUCUUCGCCAUGCCUGGCUUCCGCAAAAUCCCAUGGAAACUUAAGGUUCCAUAUUUGCCCUCCUGUAAAACUCAAACUCGGAACGUCAUGACAUUGCUUGAAGGACGAAGAGGCCGCUUAGCAGAUUUGGGGUCAGGAGAUGGAAGAUUAGUCUUUGCAGCCUCCUCUGCUGGUUUCCAGUGCACUGGAUUUGAAAUCAACCCUAUUUUGGUGGCAUUUGCACAAAGCAAGGCCUUAUGGAGAGGAGUCCGAGCCAGUCAGGCAGUCUUCCUGAAAAAAGACUUCUGGAAGACAGAUUUGUCUUCUUUCAACAAUGUGACGGCUUUUCUUGCUCCAGGAGUGAUGCAGGUGCUAGGGGAGAAACUGUUGACGGAACUCCCUGACGACGCGCGUGUCAUUGCAUGUCGCUUCCCGUUUCCUAAUUGGCCUCAAAAAAUGUCCAUGGGCUCUGGUCUUAAUGAAGUAUUUGCAUAUGACAUGCGUGCUGUGCGCUUGUUCUUAAAAAGUUCACCCAGCACAGCCUGCAAAUAAGUACCAAUUUCUUCCUAACACUGUCAUUCUGAACUGAACUAAACCAUGCUGUUGCUUACUUUCUUGCUUUAAUGAAACCCUCAUUGUGCUCAUUUAAACAGCCUCAUUGAGUUAUUUUUGGAAAAUAAUUUAAAAAAAACUUUAGAGGAAAAAAAACCUGCUGUGAUUUUUCAUGCCUGGCAAAUCAGUCUGAGCCUCAUCCACAGAGGAAGAAAUGUAUGUCUGCACAAAAUGCAUCUUUGUCAUUCUUAUUAUCACCUAAAAUUAAAUGUUUACUCUAGUGUUUGUGGUACAAUCUAUAAAAACAAAUAUAUAUGUAGUUUUAUCUAUAAAAUAGGAGUUUAUUUUUGGGGUGAAUGUUUUCUUUUUAAUGCUACGUAAUAUAUAAGAACCAAAUUUUUCACUUUUGUGCUCUCAACUAGCAGUAUAGUAUAAAUUUUUUAAAACAGUUUUUAAAUUUAAUGUUUUACCUCAUCUUUUACUUUUUAAAGUUGUGUUUCUUUUUCUUUUUAAUGCCUAUUAAUGGAAUUGUGCAUUAAACUACUUUGGCCCCAAAAUUACUAGAUCAAUUUUAGGAAGAAACACUUGAAUUUACCAAAUUGCCCGUAAGUACGAUUUUUUUUUUUUUUAAUUUAUUUGCACAAAUGCAACAUUUAACAAUUUACCUCUAGAGAAGUAUUCAGUACACACCUUUAAAAGGCUUAGACACCAUGUUUUUCUAGCUUCUAUGAAUCAGAGUGCUUCAAAGUGUGUACUAAGUACUGGUUGCUGGUAGACGCUGUUCAACUUUGAAAAACUAAAAGCAGUCAAAAUGUCCAACAUCAUCUCAGUACGUGGGAAGAGGAAACCGAAUAAAUGAUGCUGUGCAGUACCACUCAAAGGUCACCUGGUGCUUUAUGGUGACUUCACCAGUACUUUUAUGGACUGCACCUCCUUCACCUGCAGAGUGCGCAGUACCACAAAUGCCCGCUUGAGGGGGCUAAAGAUUCAAACUGUGUCCACAAAUAUGAGGACAACCUGUGAAAAAUGCAAAUAAAGCGCAUAUUUUCUC